AUGGCCCGAAAACGAGGCCAAAUAGAUGAUUCGGGCUCAUCAGAUGAUGGAAGCCCUCAAGUACGACAUGGGAGCCAGAACAGGGACGACGAUUUGGAUUCAGAAAACAAACAUGACCCAUUUGUUCAACGCAUAGCUAAAGCCAGUUUACCUAAGAAGUUCAAGGCAUCGUCAUUCACUUUAUAUGACGGAAAAUCUGACCUUAUGAAUCAUGUUCGUCACUAUAAGCAAGCCAUGACCCUUCAUGCAGAUGAUGAAGCCCUUAUGUGCCGAAUAUUUCCCAGUAGUUUGGGACCCCUAGCUGUCAGGUGGUAUUGUAAGCUUGAGCCGUCAUCGAAUGAGAACUUUCAUCAACUUCAGAAAUCUUUCAGGGCACAAUUCAUCACCAACGAGACUCAACCAAAACAAGCAGAUUCCCUGUGGGCAAUGAAUAUUAGGCCAGAUGAGACUUUGCGCGCGUAUUCGGCUCGCUACUGGGAGGGCUUUAAUCUGGUCGAUGACGAUUGCAUUGAUUCAAUAGCGAUCAUGGCCUUUAAAAUGGGGCUACACCCAGACAGUCCACUAAGGAGUUCGCUAACACAGCGGCCUCCAAAGAUAGUAUGGGCCUUGAUGAAUAAGGUUGAAAAAGUAUUCUAA